AUGCGUGGGGAUCUUUGUUCUCAUGCCGAGGGAACGCUGAUUCCCGAGCUGCAGCGCCAGGGUCUCCGCAUACCUCUGCAGCCUGUUCCCGUUAUCGACGACAACGGAUACAUAUGCGUCGACCCACCGGUGGACAUCCGAAGAGAGCUGCUAGACCACAAGGAGAAGUUCGCUGUGAUUGAGCACGACAUACAGGUUCUGACGGCCAAGAUCGAGUAUCUGGUUAUCCGCAAAGGCGUGACGUCGGACGAGCUGGACGCAGGGGCGCGCCAACACCUGGGUGCCGUGGUCGACACGCUGGUGCCGACGGCGACUCCACGCAAGCACGCCAAAGCAGAAACCACCGCGGACGGAAGUGGCCAGAUGGAGGUCGCGCGGACUCCUCCGACGCGUGCACUGGCGGCAGUGCCAUCAGUCUCUCCUUGUCCUGCACCUCACACACCUGCCGUGAAAGAUAGCCAAGUUACUGCCGGCGACGCGACACCUGCUGUGGUCAGGCAACAACAGCCGCGCUACGACUCCCGUGCCCGCAGCUCCAGGCGCUGGAACAGAUGGAGGGAGUGGAGAGCCGCAAUGGCUGGCCUGGACGAUGCGCAGCCGGUCGAGACCCGUUCGCGGCGAAAGGGCAGAGUGUCCCGGGCCAUUAGUGACGUUGAGGAGGUGGAGGCGACCACGCAGACUACAGAGGACCAGCCUAUGGCUGAAGAGCCAGAGGACCCACCAGAGGACUACACGGAUGACGAUGAGUCCGUUGACGAUGAUGCUGUGUAUGAACCGGGAAACGAUGAUUUCGACGAAGAAGAUGACUGGGAGGAGGUCAACCGUGCAGAGGGUGAUGCCUGA